AUGGAAAAAGUCACGGUUAUGGCUGACUCCCAAUCAUCCUCUCUUCCUCAUGUUAUAUCUAUCAAUACCGCCUCUCUUAUCCCCAACAAACUCUCCAAAGGAGGAAAUUACUCCAUAUGGAGUUCACAAAUGACCAACCUUCUACUUGGUUAUGACCUUAUGGGUUUCGUUGAUGGAACUCGUCCUUGUCCACCAUCUGAAGAUCCAGCUUAUAAAAUUUGGAUUCGUCAAGAUCGAUUGCUACUCCUUUCUAUUCAAACGGCUCUGACAGGCCCAGCAGGACCUAUUGUGUCUCGGUGCAAAAAUGCCGAAGAAGCUUGGUACAAACUCAAAACAACCUACGCCAACAAAUCCAACACUCGAAUGGUUGGUUUAAUCGAUUCCCCCACCAAGGUCAGUCAAGAUGGAAAAAGUAUUUCUGAGUACAUGCAAUCCGUUAAAACUAUUAUUGAUGAUCUUGCUAUGAUCGGCCAUGAUUUGAGCGACGGGGAAAUCGUCGUUCACACUCUUAAUGGUCUCACUAAUAACUACAAAGAAAUCAAAGCCGCCUUACGAGCAAGAGAGUCGCCGAUCUCUUUCGAGGAACUGGUGGAGAAGCUUGUUGAUUAUGAAACUAGUCUCAAGAAUUCAGAUUCCACAGCCGAUGCACUUUCCAUUAUUGCACAAUUCUCACAAAAGCACCAAAACAGGAAAGGUACACGGGGAAACUUCAUCACCACCCAUCGUCAAUUUCCAUCCGGAGGAAUCACCAACAAUAGAUUCCAUCACAAUCUCCAUGGCAUUCGUGGAAAUCGUACCUACUCCAGCAACACUCCGGAACUCUCACCAAACCAAUCGAAUCAGAUUUGGAGGUCCAACUACACCACGAACCAAACUCGAGUAGUUUGCCAACUUUGCGAUAAACCUGGGCAUGUUGCCAAGGUAUGCCGAUCACGUCCGCCGCCGACGAAUUGGGCACAAGCAAAUUUCACAACUCACGAAACCUCGAACAAUCCAUCAAGUUGGAUAGUUGACUCCGGGGCCUCUCAUCACAUCACCUCAGACCUGCAAAAUCUUUCUAUUCACUCCGAGUAUGGCGGUAAUGACGAUAUCAUGGUCGGCAAUGGAUCUAUUCACGGGGGCAUCCUUGGUGCGAGGCCGGAGUAG